CCACCCGCGUACCGUACCAAAUUGAUAUCAACGAGUACGCGCGUUCGUGCCAAAUUGACGCUCAGCCUUGCGAUCCGCUGCUCAAGGUCCUUCGAAACACCGGCCAGUGAGUUUCGCUUGAGAGUUGAAACUAAAGCUCGAAGAUCCUUUGAAUCUCUCUCUCUCUCUCUCUGCCUUCAUUCAUUCUCUACACAGAGAAUCGAAGUUUCUUAAUUCAGAAAGAAAGCGGCGAUCCAAAGAUGUCUCUGACGGCCGUGAAGAUGUCCGAAGAUAUCUGGUUUACUUGUCUCACUCAUGCAUUGUCCACCGAGACUGAAGAAAUCAUGGGCCUUCUUCUUGGCGAUAUUGAGGGUGCUAUAUUUUCCUUUUUUAAAGGUAGUUGUUAUUUCGGUUCUGCGUUCUUCCUGACCAUGAGAUUUUGCAGCAUUCAAAAAAUGGUAGUGUAACUGCACUAAUUUGGGGAGCAUCGCCUCAGACACGGUCUGAUAGAAGGAAGGACCGUGUGGAGACGCAUCCUGAACAAUUGGCUGCUGCAUCUGCCCAGGCUGAGAAUGACAGCAAUGACUGGGAGAACAACAAGAGUUAUUGGGUGGUACCAUUCACAUCCUCAUAUUACAGUGCUUCCUUCACAUGUUGAUGUGCGAACUCAAGGGACAUAUCAGCUUCUUGAUUCUGGGUUUAUUGGGCUGAUAUUUUCCUGCUUUAGUGAAGAUGCCAACAAGGUUGGGAGAAUUCAAGUUAUUGCUUUCCAGUCCUUUGAUGGGAAGCAGAAUCACCUCUCAAGACCUAUUUCUUUAUCUCCUGUAUAUCGAAAUUCGGUGAUUGAUGUCGAAUCUUCUUUGAGUUCCUCUGAAAAUUUAUCAGCAAAUGUGGGCUAUGGACCAGGAGAGAAUCCUGAGCAAGACACUGGUAAUUCAGUGGUUGCUGGAGCUCUUAAGGAUUCAGGUACUGGACGAUCUUCAGAGUUGGGUUAUUUUUUUGCUAAUGCUGACACCAACUAUCAAGGAAAAGAGAAAAUCAGUGGAAGCUAUCUUACUAACAAUACAAACAGCGGAAUUACUGAUAUUGAUCCAAUGGACUUGUCUGAAAGCAUGCAAGAAGCAAUGCACCGUUCAAAUAUUGAAAUGAGUGCUGCUGAAUUCUCAAGGAAAGAGAUUCCUCUUCAUGUUAUGCCAACUGCUUCGCUCAUAAAGCUUGAUUCACCAUUGAUGUCUUUCACUGAUUUACAGCAUGUUCUGUUUGAAGAGGAGAGAUCAGCUUAUAAUCAAGCCAUCUCGAAUAAUAUGAAGGAUGGGAAAGUGCAUCCGCUGACGUUCAUACAUCACACAUCAACAUAUCAGGCUUCAAUGUGCAAGUUAAUUGAAUAUUGUCUUAGUCCUGCCAUAAGUGCGCUUCAGGACCGUGUAAAAGAGAAUGAAAUUCGGUUAGCUUUGCUGGCUGAGGAAGCCAGGAGUCUGGAAAUUGAGGCUGCAAAAGCAAAUGAGUCAGGCCCGGGAUCACCUCAUCAAGUUACUCAUGGAUCUCGAGCAAGUGCUUCGCCAACACUCAGGGAUUUGUAUCCUUCAACUGCAUCUGUUGGUGCACGUAGUGCAGGAAGCUCUAUGAACCGGAGUAGAAAGGGGUUGUGAUGAUAUCUUGUGCCAAUAACUUGUUCUCUGAAUUCCCGAAUGCCUGUAUUAUAGCAUUCAGGUCUUUUUUUGUGUGCAUAAAAACGAUAGAAACGUAUAGAAGAGGGGUCAAAUGGCAUUCAUUAUUAACUACCAAAAUUUCGUCUUGAUGUUAGAUAUUGUCUAGUGUCUAAAAAUGGCUUUUCAUCGAGUAGCAAUGCUGUUGAAUCCACCUAUAUCAGUUUGGAUAAGUUGCAAAUUAA